AGGAAAUCAUUUGUAAGAAGAGUUGUAAUAGAAAUCUUGAGAUAAGAGAAAAUGGUGGCAGGAAGUUACAGUAUUGAAAUUGAAUCUCCAUUGGAGAUAAAAAGGCUGUGGAAUGCAACUGUGGACAUCCACAACUUAUUGCCAAAGCAAGUCCCAUGGAUCAUAUCAGGCAUCGCACUUCUUCAAGGAGAUGGAGGAGUUGGUACCAUUAGACAAGUAAACUUCACUGCAGCCAACAAGGAUUUUAGCUAUGUGAAAGAGAAAGUGGACUUAAUUGAUGAGGCCAAUAUGGUUUAUGGUUUCAGCCAUGUGGAAGGAGGAGUGUUGGGAACAAAGGUGGCCUCAGUAAGCUACAGGAUUAAACUCACCCCUAAAACAUGGGGUGGAUCUAUUUCAACUACUACUUGCAAUUAUGACAGCCUCCCUGGUGUUCCAUAUGAUGAAUCCAAAAUUGAGGAGAUCAAGGCCAACACCAUUGGUCUGUUCAGGAUACUGGAGGGAUAUCUUAUUGCCAAUCCCACUAUAUACUGCUAAAAGCAUCAGGAUUCCCCUCUUUCUCAAUGGCAGCAGCGCCAUUUGCUCAAUAAGAAAUUUGUGUAUCCCAUAAUGAUAAAAAUGCCAGGAUUCCCAUCUUUCUCAUUGGCAAAAUAAGGCUGUAUACAUGUGUUAAGCACUAAAAAAAUGCUAGGAUUCCCAUCUUUCUCAUUGGCAAAUAAGGCUGUAUACAGGUGUUAGCACUAAACAUGAAGUGCAACAUGCGAAAAUGAAAUUGUACAAGCCUGUCAAUCCCCAGAUAUCACUUGGGUACUCUGGUGUCAUACUUAUCAAUUCAUCAACAAAACCUGAAAUCACAUCAACAUGACAUGAAUUUGGUAACUCCUCCCAAAUCAGUUCAAACUUUUAGAGUUAGCUUUUAUUUGUUUUCAUCUGAUUUAUUUUCUUAAAGAAAAAGAAACAUUAUCACACUCAUGGAGUGGCAAGAUCUCCUAUUAACAGUGCAUACCCUCCUGCACUAAGAAAGUAUUGUUGGCUAGAAUUGACCAAUGGAGAAACAUUAAAAUAUUACUGAGCAAAGGAUAUUAUUCA